AAAGGUUCCAGUUAUUCAAGAAACUGAAGCCCUGCCCCCUGAACUCGUUCCUCGGCCACUCAUUAAUCUGUUCCACUCAUCAUUCUAUUCCUGCCCUGACUAGCACGUGACACCGGGAGUAAUCCAGAGAUGACUACUUUGGUGGUCCUGCUCUUCAGCCUCUUCUCUAACUUCCUACACUCACUGUGCAGGAUCUCUUCAGUUAUUGUGACUGUAGUGAUUGUUCACAUCUUGCACUAUACUGCUGAAACAAAACAACAAAUGCCAUAACAUGUCAGUGAAAAUAAAACUGACUCUGAUUCUGGAGGGAGCAAUAGAGGCAGUUUCAAUUACAAAGCUUAAAAAAAUGAUUUGGACAAGUUGCUUGGACAGAACAGGUAUUGAGGAAUACAGACAUAAUAUGCACAAAUAGAAUUGGUACGGAUAGGCAUCAUGAUCAACGUGGAUGACAUGGGCAAGAGGCCUGUAUCUGAGUGAUAUGAUUCCAAGAAAUCUCAUUUAUCUGGGCUUCUCAUUAAGUUACUUCAACAGCACCUUCUGAGCCAGUGAGUUAUACCAUCCAGAAGAACAAAUACAACAUUCAGCACAAAAAAGUCUUGUUUUCAGCUGAUGUUGUGAUAUCAUCUCUUAUUUUCAGCACCACCUCAGAUUCAUAGGGUGGGAAACUUUGCCCCUGACUCCACCAUUCAGCUGGACUUUCUCAAAAUCCCAUUCCAUGUUUGGUACUCUCCUGAUUUGACCGAGAGUGAAAUUUACUGAGGAUCUGCAAACUUCUGAACAAACUUAAUGAGUUGUCAGAAUUGACCCAGGACUUCAGCCCACCAGCCCGGUGUUUUUGUGCAUAAUCAACCUUGGUCGCCUGACCGUACGUGCGCCAUUUGCGGUCUGCCAAGUUUUCAGCUCUCUGGGGAGGUUGUCUCACCCCUGCCAGUUGUCAGCAAUGUCCUAUCGGCCAAUUAGUUUCCUGUCCGAAUUGCUUAACUUCCUUCUCGUUACAACUCGGCUGCUAGCACUUGCAAGAGGCCCAGGAAUAAAAUGACUCGUGUAACCACAUAAGUUUUCUGUAAAUAGAUGCAUUCAAAGGUGGAUUAAAGUCGUGCUCCGCUCUCACACACGGAAUUGGAUGGCUAAUACUACUGGGUCCAGGCCAUAAUCGAUGGGGUCCCCGCUCCCGAAAUCCAAAACAAAACACAUCGGAUUUAAAUCCCGCCUGAAAGAUCCGGCGACAAUUGUCUGUGAAGUAAUAUUUCUCUGUACAACUUGCUUGUAACGAGCACAAGUGGGCGCCGUAGUAUAUUAAACCUGUAACUUCCUUGUUUUUUCCGCUCUGUAGAAACCGCCCCUGGUUCAGAGAAAGUGAAACAGGAAGUGUUAAGAAUAUAUAAAAUGCUAACAAGUGACAAAAAGGCAUUAGUAGAAAAGUAUAUUAGGCGCCAAUAUCCUGAAUGAAUGUUGCAGCUUUCGUGAUGAUGUCUAUUAACAGAACUUUGUCGUGGCUCCUACUUCGCUUCUACAGUUGGAUACCUGCCAGUGCCAGGCACUACUUGUUUAACUGGUUCCCCUGGUUCCAAAAGUCUUCCGGCUACCAAAGUAUGAAGCGUAAAUCAGCAGUAACUAUCCACGUAUUACUGUAAACAUUUUGUUGGAUUGAAAAAUCAGGGAGCCACGUGUUACCUGAACACAUUACUUCAAACAUGGUUCAUGACCCAGGAAGUUAAAGAAUGCAUUACCAGUUACAAUGGACAAGAUUCAUUAAUUUGUGAGUUGCGUUCCCUGUUUGAACGAUUAUCAAAUGGGAAUAAAUGGUCCUUGAGCACAGAACAGUUGACCUCCCAAUUGAAGUUGAAAGUUUAUAAGCAGAGAGACAUAGAGGAAUGUUUUCGCAGUCUGGUGAACAAACUGAAUAGCAAAAUGGAUCAGGAGGAUAAUAUUCUGAAGAUUUAUCAGGUCACCAUGGUUAACUCAUUGAAGUGUUUAAAAUGCAAACAAUCCAUGGAUGAAGACACUUUUUUCCUGGAUAUACCUCUAUCUGUUUGCUCAGUUAAUGCUGCAGAGAAGUUUGAUUUCAUGGAAAAGAGUCUUGAACAGUUUUUGAAGGAGGAAAAAAUGGAAGGUGACAACAAAUGUUAUUGUACCAACUGUGAGAUGAAGACUGAAACAUCAUCAAGAUACUAUUUUAAGCACUUGCCACAAAUUCUUACAUUUCAACUGAAACGCUUUGAAUUCGAUUACAACUACAUGGCAUUUCAGAAAAUUACAGACUGCAUUACUGUUCCCCCUGGUUUGGAAUUUACAAGAUCUCAGGAUGUUCAUAAUGAAUGGCAUGUAAAAUUUACAGUGAACAAGGUGAAUAAUGCCCAGAAUGAUUCUGAUGUGGAUGUUGUGAAAGACGAAGAAACACCUGCUCAACAUCAAGAAGUGAGUCGGGGAGAUUCUGUGGUGCUUACAGGAAGAAAUCCUGAGACACCUCAAGGUACUUUGGGAGCUGCGGGCACAAAGCAUCAGCAUGGCUGGUGGGCUCGAGCACCUGCUGCAAGAAACAUGACUGACCACGUGGGAAUAUUCAUAAACUCUUCCGAUGUGUUCAAUUCAUUCUCUCCUUUAGAUCACUCACAGCAAGGUUCAACAGGACAAGAGGUGAAUAAUGCCCAAAAUGAUACCCCUGUGGAUGUUGUGCAGGACGAAGGAACAACUGUUCAACAUCAAGAAGUGAAUCGGGAAGAUUCUGUGGUGUUUACAGGAAGAAAUCCUGAGACCCCUCAAGAUCACUCACAGCAAAUUUCCACAGAACAAGAGGUGAAUGAUGCCCAGAAUGAUUGGCAUGUGGAUGUUGUGAAAGAUGAAGAAACACCUGUUCAAACACAAGAAGUGAAGCAGGAAGAUUCUGUGGACAUUACAGGAAGAAACCCUGCAACCCCUCAAGAUCACUCACAGCAAGUUUCAACUGGACAAGAGGAUAAAAGGUAUGAAUUGUUUGCAAUAUGGCACCACAUGGGAAGCUAUGGAAGUGGCCACUAUUAUGCUGAAAUCAAAUCAGACUCUGAUGACUGGUACAAUUUUAAUGAUGAAAAUGUUGAACAGAAAAUGGAUAUCAAUCUAAGUUCCAGAACUGCUUACAUGCUUAUGUACAGACUGAUCGAUACAAACCCCAAAGCAGAGCUGCCAGCCGGACUGUCAAAGAAACCAGUGGACGAGUCAGAAAAGGGAAAGCCAGUGCUCAGCUGGGUGAUGAGGAUGCUGGGCUGGGUGAUGAGGAUGCUGGGCUGGGUGAUGAGGAAGCUGAAGCUUGGCUGGGUGAUGCUGGUGAAAGGGGAAAACUGCGCCCCUCCAGUGGAAGGGGAAGUCGCCGCCUCUCCGGUGGAAGGGGAAAACUGCUCCCCUCCGGUGGAAGGGGAAGACUGCGCCCCUCCGGUGGAAGGGGAAGACUGCGCCCCUCCGGUGGAAGAGGAAAACUGCUCCCCUCCGGUGGAAGGGGAAGACUGCGCCCCUCCGGUGGAAGGGGAAGUCGCGGCCUCUCCGGUGGAAGGGGAAAACUGCGCCCCUCCGGUGGAAGGGGAAAACUGCUCCCCUCCGGUGGAAGGGGAAAACUGCGCCCCUCCGGUGGAAGGGGAAGACUGCGCCCCUCCGGUGGAAGGGGAAAACUGCUCCCCUCCGGUGGAAGGGGAAAACUGCGCCCCUCCGGUGGAAGGGGAAGUCGCCGCCCCUCCGGUGGAAGGGGAAGUCGCCGCCUCUCCGGUGGAAGGGGAAGACUGCGCCCCUCCGGUGGAAGGGGAAAACUGCGCCCCUCCGGUGGAAGGGGAAAACUGCGCCUCUCCGGUGGAAGGGGAAAACUGCUCCCCUCCGGUGGAAGGGGAAAACUGCUCCCCUCCGGUGGAAGGGGAAAACUGCUCCUCUCCGGUGGAAGGGGAAAACUGCUCCCCUCCGGUGGAAGGGGAAAACUGCGCCUCUCCGGUGGAAGGGGAAAACUGCUCCCCUCCAGUGGAAGGGGAAAACUGCUCCCCUCCGGUGGAAGGGGAAAACUGCGCCCCUCCGGUGGAAGGGGAAAACUGCGCCCCUCUGGUGGAAGGGGAAGUCGCCGCCUCUCCGGUGGAAGGGGAAAACUGCUCCCCUCCGGUGGAAGGGGAAGUCGCCGCCCCUCCGGUGGAAGGGGAAAACUGCGCCCCUCCGGUGGAAGGGGAAAACUGCGCCCCUCCGGUGGAAGCGGAAGACUGCGCCCCUCCGGUGGAAGGGGAAGUCGCCGCCUCUCCGGUGGAAGGGGAAAACUGCGCCCCUCCGGUGGAAGGGGAAGUCGCCGCCUCUCCGGUGGAAGGGGAAGUCGGCUCCCCUCCAGUGGAAGGGGAAACUGCCCGGCAUUUGGCUGGGCAAAGGUUCUGAGAAGUUGACCCGGGUGCAGACCAUGUUGCCACCUGCUACUCAAAGCAUUGAAGUAGGUGUGCAAAAGUCAUGUGCAGCGUAACCAUGGGUGACUGUCCUGGACAGUUCCCUUGCAAUCACAAGUCCCUGUUGGAUGUUGAUAGUGGGAGAUGCCGCAGGCCUGUUUCCCUUGUUGGUAGUGAGACACGCAACUAGGCAGCAGCAGAACCACGGUUGUAGUGAGGACAAGGCCUCAAGUGGGCUUGCCUACUGCUGCAGGCCGAGUGAGGCGGUGCAGCAUGGAGUCUGUGCUCAGGUGGGAGCCAGUCUCUCCUGUCAGUGCUGCCCCCCAGUGUUCGACCAGUGGAAUGACAAACUGGAUUGCCGGGAGCUAUACCAUCAAUUUGAAUGUCGCUCAAGGACUUGGACUAUACAUGUGUUUUCUUGCGUAACGAUGUGCGUGUUUUUUUCUCUCUUCUAGUUAUUUUGAAUGUAUGCCCUGCACCUGUGCCCCACAAGCUGUCUCAUUCAACUGUGUCCAUGUGUGGUCUGAAUGAUAAUUAGACUUGAUUUGAUUUGAUUUGAGGUGAACCUCUUGCUCACUAGAAAGGGUUGUUUGGGCCCUGGUGUGUUGGUGAGGGAGGAGAAGAUAAAGAAAGAUAUUACACCUCUGCCAGUUAAAGGGAAACGUGCCAGUGGACUCAGAAGAGUGGGUGGGAAGAGAUGGGAUAGGUAGAUGAGCGAGUCAUAAAAAGCAGGAACUUGCGAUCCCUUUCAAUAACCACAUAGGUGAAAGUGUAGAAAGUGAGCUCACAGGAACAUAUGCAGACAUUUUGGCCCUUGUGGUGGGGUAGGGGGGAAAUCAUUGCCUUGCUGUUGCUUGUG